AUGUACCUCAGGGGAAAGGAGAUUAAAAAUGUGACCUCCAUCCAUUCAGCUUUGUUGGAUUUCUUAGAUUUUUUGAAAGCUCUCCCCAAUCCUAUUCUUGUUGGUCAUAAUGCAGCAUCGUUUGAUAUACCUAUCCUUACAAACAGAUUGAGAGAGUUCCAGUUAUGCUCGUCAUUUGCCAAUGUUGUAAAAGGAUAUAUGGACACUCUUAGGUUAGCAAGACGCUUGUUUCCCAAGAAGGAGGUUGGAUCUCACAGCCAAGAAUCGUUGGUAAGGAAGUUCCUUGGGAUGUCGUAUGAGGCACACAAUGCAGUUUUUGAUGUGAAAGCCCUCCAAGACUUGUUUAACUUAAAAAUGAGUGCAAAGUGGUCAGUUGACGAUGUGUUCAGUAUGAACUUUUUAUCUUGUAAAAAGUCUUAUGACACCUUGGUAAGCAAGAAAGCCAUGAACAAAUUAUCAGCUGAGAAAUUGUCCAAAAAUGGUAUCCAUUUCAAUCACUUGAAACUGGCAUACAGCAGGAAUGCUAUCUCUGGAGUGAAAGUAAUUUUAUGUGAAAAUAAAAUACAGAAAUGUUUCAUUUCCAACAUUGUCAGAUGUAUUCAAAAAGAAGAGUGA